AUGUAUAAAGAAAGAAGAAAUCAUAAACUCGUAAAUAAUAUCAUGUCAUCAUCGUUAUCUCAUAUAAUAUCGUAUCGUUUAAAAUUAACAUUUUACUAUUAUCGUUGGUCUAUUAGUCAAUUUUUACCACAUAUACGUAUUCAUUCAUCAUUACAAAUUCGACGAUCAUUAAACUUGAAAUAUUUUUUUUUCAUUUAUUUUUUCAUUCAAAUUUCAUUUAUACUCUCGUUUACAUCAACUUGUCCAAUUCCAUUUGCUUUACAAACAAAAUGUCGAUGUGCUAUUCAAGAAACAGGCACCGUUUAUAUUUAUUGUGCAAGAAAACAACUAACACAAAUACCACAUUUCAAUAACAGCAAUAUAAUAUUUGAUGAAUUAGUAUUAUCUGGUAAUCGUAUUCAAAUUGUACAUUCAAAUGCUUUUUCGGGUUUAAAAUUACGUAAAUUAGAAUUACAUUCAAAUCCACUUGUUAAACUUGAAUCAAAUGCAUUUGUUGAUUUAGCCAAUUAUUUAGAAGAAUUAAUUUUAUCUUCUACUGUUUCAUCAAAUAGUGAUUAUGAUUUAAAAACGACACAAUUUAUACAAAUUUUAGAAGAAUUACCAAAUUUAAAACGUUUAUCAAUACGUUCAUUUGAUUUAUCUGAUUUUUCAUCUUCUAAAUCUUUAAUGUUAGUAAAUAGUGCAAAAAAAUUAACACAAUUAUCAUUACAAUCAUGUGGAAUAAAAACAAUUGAAAAUAAAUUAAGAUUUAUACAAUUAUUUCCAAAUAUUGAACGAUUAGAUUUAUCGGGAAAUUAUUUAGAAAUAUUUGAUAUUCAUCUUUAUUUAAAUUUAAAAAAAUUAAAAAUAUUAAUAUUAUCAAAAAAUAAAAUUAAACAUUUAAAUACUGAACAUUUUCAACAAUUACCACAACAAUCUAUUCAAAUAUCAUCAUCAUCAUUACAAGAAUUAGAUUUAUCCUAUAAUGGUAUUGAAACAAUUGAUGAAUAUAUAUUUGAAGUAUUUUCAUCUAAUUUAGAAAUAUUAAAUUUAAGAAAUAAUGAAUUAUCAACCGAAAAACAUUUAACAUUUUUAACACAUUUAUAUCAAUUAAAAGAAUUUCUAUUAGAUUAUAAUAGAAUUGAAUAUUUAAAUGAUUUAUAUUUACCUCCAACAUUAAAAGUAUUAUCAUUAAAAAAUAAUCGUUUACAAAAAAUUGAUAUUCAAACAUUGACAACAAAUUUAAUUCAAUUAGAAAAAUUAUAUUUAUCAUCAAAUUAUUUACAAGAAUGGUCUAUUUCAUCGACACAAAUAUUUCAAUCACUUGAAUUAUUAGAAUUAGAUCGAAAUCAAUUAAAAUUUCAAACAUGUACAUUUAAUGGUUUUCCAAAAUUAAAACAAUUAAAUUUAGAUGGAAAUUUAUUAGAUGGAAAUAUUAAUGAACAAAUAUUUUCACAAUUACAAACUCUUGAACGUUUACAAUUAAGAGAUAAUAAUGUAAAAGAUAUUCAUAGACAAGCAUUUCAAUUUACACGAUUACAAUUACUAGAUUUACGUAAUAAUUCAUUAUCAUCUAUUCCACUCUUGAUUACUUUAAAUGAUACAUUACAAACAUUAUUAUUACGUCGUAAUCGUCUAUGUACAUUGAAUUAUUCAACAUUAAAAUAUUAUACUCAAUUGGCAACAAUUGAAUUAGAUCAAAAUCCUCUUCAUUGUGAUUGUCGAAUGAAAAAUAUUGGAAAAUGGUUUAGAACAGCAAAUAAAUUUAAAGAAUCAACGGGAAAAUGUGAAUCACCACCAUCAAAACAAAGUAUUAAUUUAAUUGAUUUAAAUAAUAAAGAAUUAAUAUGUUUGACACCAGAUCAAACAACUUCACAAUGUCAAUAUUUGAAUGAACAAGAUAUUGGAAAAGAGUCAGAUGUAGAAGAUGAAGAAGAACAGACAACAACAACAACAACAAAGAAGAUAAAAAUUCCUGAGAUCGAUAAAACACUACUCACCAUCACAGAUAACAAAAAUGUUGAACUACCUGAUGCACGGCAACAAAUUAUGCCAUCUACUACUAUCUCUACUACAACAUCAACAUUGACAAGUACACUUUUAUCUAUAAAUAGUCCUAUAGUAUCACCGACCGCCUCCGUUAUAAUUCCAGACGAUGAACUUCUUCCAAUUCGUAUUAAUGAAUUAAACAUUAUACCUGAUUUAUCAUUACAUUCUAUAUUUGUUCAAUGGCAACUUCUACCUGCAUUUUUAAAUGAUUUAUUAGUAGAACAACGCGAUUAUUUAUUUUCCUAUUUAAAACGUCAAGGUAUUCAAGGUUUUAAAGUCAGUAUUAGCCUAGAAAAAUCAUCUCAAAACUAUAGACUAAGUGAACUUCUUUCACCAUUAUUACGAAAUUAUACAUUUUACGAUUAUCAAUUAAACAAUGAUCAACAAUAUGAACUAUGUGUUAUUUUAUUGAAACAAACAAGUUAUGAGAAACAUUGUAAACAGAUUAAACAACAAUCAAGAAAAAUGAUUAAUGAUAAUGUUCAACAUGAAACACCACCAUCAUCUCCACUUAUUCACUCGGAAAGACAACAAGAUUCAUUUAUUCCUCUCAAAAGUAGUCGACCAUUAUCGUCAACUUGGUAUUUAACUGAACCGACUCGAAGUAUAUUGCUCGGUUCAAUAUUCGGUAUUUUAUUUGUUCUUAUUCUCAUAACAUUAGUUGUUUUAUUACUAACACGUUGUUCAAAUUUACUACAUCGUCGUAAUUCAUCUCACGCUUCACAUCAAGAUACAAAAAGUGAAACAUUACUUGUACGACCAACACUCUCAUCAACGUGUGGUACAUGGAAUCAUCAUCAUAGACCAUUGAGUUAUCAAACACCACAACAAUUUAGUAGUCUAUCAACACAUUGCACAUGUUCAUCCUAUGUACAUCCAAGUUAUACUAGUUCAGGUAGCGGUGGUUUAGGCAACUGUCCCGGUGGGAAUUAUCAUAUUUAUCAAGAAAUUAAUGACGAUUAUUCAGCUGCUAUGUUAGGCCGCCAUUUAUCACCAUCUUCGUCAUCUUCUGGCGCUUCAUCAUCAUCGGGAGGUAUUCAUCGGCACCAUCCUCGAACUUCAACAUGUGCUCUAGGCGAAUAUUUACAUCAUAAUCAUCAUAAUAGGACGUGUUGUUUAAAUAAUAAUAAUAAUAAUAAUAAUAAUAAUAAUAAUUUAAAUCAGGAACGUAAUUUAACACCAACAUCGACUAUAUCAGAACAAUGUCCUCUUUGUUCAAGGCAAGCAUUAAGUGUAUUAGUGUGA